AAACCGACAUUAUCAAGAGGUAGGUAAAAUGAAGAAGAACUUAUCGAUUGGUGUAUGAAAAUGAAACAUUGAACACCAAAGAAAAAGGAGGGAUGGAGCAAGUUCAGAAGAUUGCAGAAGAGAUAUAGCGCCCGGCUAAAGCUAGUUGAUACGUCUCAGAAACAACAUGUCAGCGUUCACGUAGAUUCUCGAGAACAAGAUUACGAAUAUUAUUCCGUUCUGUAAAUUCGUUCUCAUUAACCAGUCUUUUUCUCUGCAAUCCUUUGAUUUCUGCGCCUUUUGAUACAGAAUUAUAAAAUAUAAUUUAAAAAAUGAAGCUCGCUAUCCUCUCCUCUCUUGUUGCCGGAACCGCCGCUUUCGUCGGUCCCCAGAAGGCACAAACCUCCACCGCCCUUUCUGCACAGAAAUUCAAGGCUAAGCUUGCUUACGUUCCCUGCAUUUCCGUCGAAGACCUUCCUGCCCCUGGAUCUGCCACUUCCGGAGUUGCCGGAGGCCUUGCUAUCUGCAUUGCCGUCGACCCUAAGGGAUCCGUCUACGCCCUUGGUGAUAAGUGCCCACCUGUCAACCAGCCUCUUUCUUUCGGUAAGGUCAACGCUGACGGAACCAUCCAGGAUCCCGUUCUCGGAACCAAAUUCAGCUUGAAGACCGGAGAAGUCGUCGGAAAGUGGUGCCCAUCUGGAAUCGGAAAGCUCAUUGGAGGAGCUUUCUCCCCCAUCGGAGUCCCAACCUACCCUGUAAAGAAGAGCGGAAAGAACAUCGAUGUUCAAGUUGAUGUCAACGCUAAGUUCAACUUCGAAGCUCAAUACUGGACCGGAAUCUUGGAUGCCCAAGGAAAGUCCGACGGAAAGUACUACUAAGCAUUUCCACAAUCCUUGUUGGGAAUAACAUGAUUUUGACGGAGAGAAGUGUCGAUGCAUUUUAUCUCUAGAGUACACUAGCGCAUCCAUUUCUACCACAUCAUCACCUGCGCAGGACGGACUACCGAAAGGCGCCAACUCUGUAUGCAGUUGCCUGAUCUAUUAUACAGUACCUUGUUUGAUGCUAAUAACCAUAAACGGUAGGUAGAACUACUACCCAUACGUAUAAUAAUAAAGAUUAGACAAA